UUAUACCCACUUACUUUUCUGUCUCAAAAUGCAAUCACCGAUCCUUCCCAUAUCCAAUCCCAACCCAUCAUCAUCCUCAAUGAUUCCAACAGCUUCAGCAACGGCAAGUACAAUGUUCCUCAGAUCAGAGGAUGAUCUACCCUCAAUCAGCCUUCACAUUCCUUCAUCAUACGAGGAUGACAAGAAAAUCGAGACUAGACCCUUUCUUUCUAGAUCCUCAAGUUACACCACCACCACCACCACCGCUGCCAAUACCAAUCUUUAUCAGCAACGGCGGCGGCGAACCGCCAGUGACACGUCUCUAUUAGAUAGAGACCGCCGCCAGUCUUUUCGUGAAGAUAUGGGGCAGGCUGCUUCUACGAUUACUCAGCUUACCUUGAAGAUGUUGCGAUAUCUCGGGCAAGAUCUUCCCUCGAACAGACAAAGGCCAUUGUUGACUGUUGAGGGGACAUUAGACUGCCAAAGAGCCAUCCAAGUGAAGUGA